UGAACUUCUUAUCGAAUUAUUAAACCUUAUAUAAGGUGUAUAAGACUGACGAGGAAUACAGAGCCUAUAAAAAGAAGAUUAUACCAUACAUAAUUAUUAAUAUAUACCCUCGCAACUUGUUACAAACCAAAAAUUCAACCAACAUUCAACAAACAUGGGGAAGAGACUCUUGCACACAAUAUCCUCAUUCCUCUGCAUCGUUUCACUCCUUUCCUUCCUCCUACCCACAUUACACGCGCUGCCCUUAUCGACGAAUUCACGAUGGAUUGUGGACAGCAACACGGGGCAGCGCGUAAAGCUGUCGUGCAUAAACUGGUCAUCACACCUAGAGUUGAUGGUGGCCGAAGGGCUAACAAAACAACCAGCUGAUGUAAUAUCAAAGAAAAUAAAAGACAUGGGAUUUAACUGUGUUAGGCUAACUUAUCCAAUAUAUUUGCCAACCAAUGAAACCUUGGCUUCUAUGACUGUAAGACAGUCUUAUCUAAAUAAUGGUCUUUCAAAGUGCAUGGUUGCUGAUUUACAAGCUCAUAAUCCCUCCAUUGUUGACCUCCCCCUCAUUGAUGCCAUCCAGGCAGUGGUGGCAAGCCUAGCGAAGAACAAGGUUAUGGUGAUUUUGGAUAAUCAUGUAAGUAAGCCACAGUGGUGUUGUGCUAUGACAGAUGGCAAUGGCUUCUUUGGUGAUAAAUACUUCGACCCUGAGGUUUGGAUCAAAGGCUUGACUAGAAUGGCCACAAUUUUCCGUGAUAAUCCAUAUGUUAUUGGUAUGAGUUUAAGGAAUGAACUCCGUGGACCAAGGCAAAAUGCUGACGAUUGGUAUAGGUACAUGCAAAGAGGAGCAGAGGCAAUACACAAAGCCAACCCAAAUGUACUAGUCAUUCUUUCAGGGCUAAGCUACGACUCAGAUUUAACCUUCCUGAAGACAAAGCCGGUAUCACUAAGUUUCACAGGAAAGCUAGCUUUUGAGGUACAUCAGUACUCGUUCUCAGCAGGGCUAGAUUGGAGGGAUAAUAGCGCGAACCAAGUUUGUGGAAAUAUGACAGAGAGCCUGAUGAACAAUGCCGGAUUUUUACUUGAACAAGGCUAUCCUGUAUACGUUGGAGAAUGGGGUUUGCCCUUGAGUGGCACAUCUAAGGACGACAGGAAAUUCUUUAACUGUUUUCUUGCUUUAGCAGUUGAACAUGACUUAGAUUGGGCAUUAUGGACAUUGGCUGGGAGCUAUAAUCUUCGAGAAGGAAUUAUCGGAGAUAAUGAAGCUUUUGGAUUGCUAACCUGGAAUUGGACUGAUGUUCGUAACACAACUUUCUUGCAGAAGAUCUCUGUUAUUCAAUCCCCUCAUCGAGGUCCAUAUCCUUCAUACCGCCACACACACAAGAUUAUAUUUCACCCAUCAACAGGACAAUGCAUCGUAAAAGAUCCAGUGAAAGGCAUUAAGCUUGGAAAUUGCUUUGAAUCCGACCAUUGGAUCUACACACCCGAGUUGACCAUUGGCAUCAAGGAUUCAUUCCACUGCUUGAAGGCAAAAGGUUUGAAUCAUCGCGCUAGGCUUGCCACCGACUGUCAAGGAGGAGGAACGAGAUGGCUUCCGAUCUCAGCCUCGAAGCUCCAUCUUGCAACUGAAUUGAGCUACAACUCUAUUGCUUGCUUGGAUGUGGAUUCCAAUAACACUCUCAUUACAACCACUUGCAAGUGCUUAAGCAUCGAUGACAACUCGUGUGACCCUGGAAGCCAGUGGUUUAAGAUUGCUGAUGCUAAUGCUGUUACUACUAGCUAGGUUAAAAGUACAAUUUCGGAUGUAAUAUAAUUCCCUAGAAUAAUAGCCAGUAUAUUGGAAACCAAGUCAUGGGCUUUCACUAGAGCGAUCGUGACUUGUAGAGAUUAUUAUUUUAGUCUAGAUUUGGCUUACACGUUUUUACCAUUCACUUGAGUGGAUUUUUCGUGUUUUAAACAUAUUAGGUAUCAUUAAUUUUUUAUAUUUGUUUUUAAGAUUAAUUUUAUUUAUUUUACAAAUCUUAGUAGUAUUCUUAUGUUUUAGGAAUCUUUUUGUUUUGUUAUCUACUAGUUUGUAAUGACUUUUU